UUGCUUCUCUCAACUUCACUACAAAAAGUACAGUACUACCAUGAAAUCUUGUUUCUUCCACCAUCUCUUCUUACUCACCGCCGUAAUCUUUCUCCGGUUUUUGACUCUUACCACAGCUGCCAUGUGUCAUCCUGAUGAUGAGACAGGUCUUUUAGCUUUUAAAUCAGCUAUAACCAAAGAUCCUUCUGAUAUCCUAAGCACCUGGAACAAAAGUACUAAUUGCUGCUCCUGGGAAGGUGUCAAUUGUCCUAACAACAACCGCGUUGCCGUACUCACUAUCCGCAUAGAGUCUAAUGAUGCUGGACUCUUUCUCUCCGGUACAAUCUCCCCGUCACUGUCUAAACUCCAGCAUUUGGAAGGGAUCGUCUUUAUCAAUCUCAAAAACAUCACUGGACCCUUUCCCUCAUUUCUGUUCCGAUUACCACAUAUAAAGUACGUGUACCUCGAGAAUUUACGUCUCUCUGGUCCUCUUCCGGCCAACAUUGGCGCGCUAAACCGCUUAGAUACGUUAACCGUUAAAGGAAACCAAUUCAGCGGUUCAAUCCCGAGUUCUAUAUCCAAAUUAACUCGGUUAAACUACCUCAACCUCGGUGGUAAUCUCUUAACCGGAACCAUACCGUUAGGUAUUGCUAAUCUCAAGCUCAUGUCGAAUCUGAAUCUCGAAGGAAACCGUCUCUCUGGAACCAUCCCGGAUAUUUUCAAAUCCAUGAGUAAGCUCCGAAUCCUCACUCUCUCCCGCAACAGAUUAUCAGGUAAGCUCCCUCCGUCGUUCGCAUCGCUCGCACCGGUUCUUGCGUUCCUCGAGCUAGGUCAGAACAAUCUCUCGGGGUCGAUACCUAGCUAUUUAUCAAGAUUCAUGGCGCUCGACACACUAGAUCUCUCCAAGAACCGGUUCUCCGGAUCCGUGCCGAAGAGUUUGGCCAAGCUGACUAAAAUUGCUAAUAUCAAUCUCUCUCACAAUCUUCUAACUGAUCCAUUCCCUGUUUUGGACGUGAAGAAUGACUUAUUAAGUCUAGAUCUAUCGUACAACAAGUUUCACAUGGAAACGAUCCCGGAAUGGGUGACCUCGGCGUCGUUACUCAGCUCUUUGAAGCUGGCUAAAUGCGGAAUCAAGAUGAGUUUAGACGAUUGGAAAACAAGGCAAACUGAUCUCUACGAUUCCAUCGAUCUUUCGGACAAUGAUAUCUCAGGGAGUCCGGUGAGGUUCUUGAAGGAAGAAAGGCAACUACGGGAAUUUCGGAUGUCUGGGAACAAACUCCGAUUCGAUUUGGGGAAGCUAAGUUUCUCCAAGACGCUUGAGACGCUUGAUCUGUCAAGGAACUUAGUUUUCGGGAAAGUGCCGGCUAGGGUGGCUGGAUUGAAGAUACUAAACUUAAGUCAAAACCAUCUUUGUGGAAAACUUCCGGCGACGAAGUUCCCAAAGAGUGCGUUUGCCAUCAACGACUGUCUCUGUGGCUCUCCGCUGGGUCAUUGUAAAGGUUGAUGAUGCUUAAUGGAAUCAUUCAUCGUUAUGUUUUAUAGUUCUUGAACAUCAUGUGUCACUUUGUCCAAAAAAAUAUGAACAUCAUGUGUCAAAAGUUCCAUAUUCUUCUUUUGUCUUUAUUUAUUUUUCACAUUCUCUUUGCUUUAUUUACUUAUUUGUGUUUCAGAAAAUCAU